AUGGAUGUCAAUCCUCUUCGUGAUACCCUUCGAAAACGUAAAGACAGAAAGAAUGAGACUUCUGAACAACGUGACCUUCGUCAAAAGCGAGAUAGGGAAAGAAAAUAUGUAAAAAGAUUGAAUGAGAAUGCCGAACAACGUGAAACUCGUUUAAGUAAAGACCGUGAACGUUACCAAAGAAGAUACAAAAAUCCGCUCCAU